UAGUGCCUAUGUCAUUAAGAUAACGUUUUAUUCUGCUAGACUAACAAAUCGAGCAACAAUUCGACUCUUCUGAGACAUUUCCAUCUACAUUAUUCACUUCACUGUAAUCCAACCAUAAUAGCAAAACAAACAGAUUGACGAUGUUCUGGAUAGUUUCAAUGUUUAAAUACCAAAAGAGCGAGAACGAGGUGAUUAGCAGCGAACCGGGUUUUUUUUUCUAGUAUUGAUUACUCUAGCCUGAGUAAAAUCCGACUUCUGCGUUGACUGUCCGACACAUUUUACGCUGACACUGAGCGAACAUAGCUACACACGCCACACGGCUCAAAAUAUUAUCGUCUGGUCCCAGUUGAAGAAUACAGUAGCUAGACCUACAGGAUUGUAUAGACGUGUUAGAGCUUUUCUGGCGAGGAAGCGGUGUAAAGAGAACGACCGAAAAGAAAGAGGAAACCCCAAAAAGGAAAUGCCAAUCGCAGCCGCGGGUCAACCGACGACUCAGGAACCCCGUAUUUUCUCCCGGCUGCCUUCCACCCCGGAGCCUACACCGAAAGGGGGAGAUUUUUGUGACGGGGCGGGGGCAGUAGCUGAGUCGCCAGAGCGAACAGAAUACGGGGGCGCCGAGGGGGGCAGGGGAGGACUAGCCGGCUUCAGCUACAGCCAUACCGGCGGCGCUAGGGGCUUCCUGCCGCUUCGAUCUUCAGCCACCAACAACGUCGCUGCCCCGCAAUCCCCUCCUACGUCGUCUUCCCGGUCUUCCCCUUUCUUCCACCUCCAAAUGGCCAUGGAGCCCCCUCGGACUCGAUCGCGUUCUAGGUCUGGAUAUUACCAGCAGUACGUUGCGAGCGGCGGGAGUGGAGGUAUGACCGGCAAUGGGAUUCAUUCUAAUGGGGGAACAGGAUCUACCCACAGCCGACAGCAGCACAACUCGGGGUGCGCUCCCCUAGGAGCUCACAGCCACCACUCGGAGCAGCACAGUAUACGAGCCGCAGGAUCUAACCUCUCCCCCGGCGCCCAGAGGCAGUCGGGACCGCCCGGAGCAAAUCGCAUAUCGGCUUCAGGAGACAUAGGGAGACCCUACCACUGCCAUCCUGACCACACCUGUGGAGAGGAGAGUGACAAGAAUGAUGAUAGCCCCAGUCCGAAGCGUCAGAGGCUGUCCGGCCAAUCGGCGCUGGAGGUCUCGUCUGUGGCCCCGCCCUCCGCCCCCUCGCCGCCAAUGAGGCCGUGGGAGCUGCCCACCAAUCGCCGACCUCACCCGUACCCCCAUCCUCAGCCUCACUACCCCCAGGAGCACUGCCAAACACCGGCCAGACGCAGCCCACCGGUGCGUCGCCAACGGGGUCGGCUCUCCCGCCCUCCCCGCCACCUCCCCCCUCCCCAGCACCCCCCACCCCCCCGCCAGCCUCCGCCCUCCGUCCAGCUGGACUCCCAGGACGAGAACUACCGACUGAGCCGCCCGCCUCACCCCCACCAGAGCUACCCCCCUCCGCCGUACGGCCACGUACCUGCCCCCGCCGGGUCGGAGGAGCCCCGGGCGUUCCGGCCCCCGGCCCUGUCGCCGCGGUUACUGCACCCGGCCGCCCAUCAGACCAGCCGCCACGCACAGCAGCCGGGAGCGCUGGUCCUGGAGCUGCAUGAACAGCUCCAACAAGUGUCGGUGCCCGUCUCCUACACGGUGACCCCCGUGCCCCCCCACCACUGCCUGUCUGCUCCUCUAUGUGCAGGGCAGCACCUCCCCCCGGUCUGCUCCUCUCAGCAGCAGGUCCCAGCCUGCAGUGUGGUGUUCAGCACGGGACAACACUACCACCACCACCACCCUAUGCUGGGGGCGUGUUCGAUGCAGCACCUCCCUGUGCCCUACGCCUUCCCCUCGCUCCUCUCCAGCGACCCGUUCCUCCUCCACCCGCCCCACCUGCAGCACCACCCGCCCCACCUCCCCCCGCCGGGACAGUUCCUGCCCUUUCAGACCCAGCAGGCCAGAUCGCCGCUGCAGAGGAUCGAGAACGAGGUGGAGCUGCUGGGGGAGCACCUGUCGGUGGGGGGCGGGUUCAGCUACCCUCCCGGGGGACACCACACUUCCUCCCUGCCUCCCUCAACGCCGCUCCAGUUCCUCUCGCACCACGAGCCCUUGCCUCAGGAGCUCUUUGGAGUGCCCUACCCCCAAUUCAUGCCCCGGCGUCUUACUGGACGACGCUACCGCUCCCAGCAGGCUGUGCCUCCGCCCCCAUACCACCCCAGCUUGCUGCCUUACUUCCUGUCAAUGCUUCCUGUCACCCCCACGGUCGGUCCCGCCAUCAGUCUGGAGUUGGACGUGGAUGAGGGGGAGGUGGAGAACUACGAGGCCCUGUUGAACCUGGCCGAGCGCCUGGGCGAGGCCAAACCUAGAGGACUGAUAAAGGCAGAUAUCGAACAGCUGCCCUCGUACCGCUUCAAUCCCAACAACCACCAGUCGGAACAGACACUGUGCGUGGUGUGCAUGUGUGACUUUGAGUCUCGCCAGCUCCUCAGAGUCCUGCCCUGCAACCACGAGUUCCACGCUAGGUGUGUCGACAGGUGGCUGAAGGCAAACAGAACGUGUCCCAUCUGUCGAGCAGACGCCUCCGAGGUCCAGCGGGAUUCCGAGUGACCUCUAAACUUUGACCCACCGGAUCUCGGCUUAGCGCAGCCUCUCCAGAUUCUAACCUUAACCAGUAGGGAGGAGCGUACUAAACUGACCUUGGAUCAGUGUCCAGUGGCGACGUACCCUGCCUUUUCUUCACGUUUAGGUUGGUAGUAUUGAAACGAUGGCCUUUGACAAACCCACGGACGGGUGGAUGUGAACAGUGAUGUGGACGCUCUGUCUUUCCGACUUCUGAACGCUGAAAGGAGAAUCCCUGCUGAAACUCGGACGGCAACGUUUCACCAACCAACCGAAUAGAGGAUAUGAAAGUCCAAAGAUGACAAUGCUGUUGUUGUUGUUAUUAUUAUUAUUAUUAUUAUUAUGAUCAUGACAGAUUUAAGAUCCUGUUAAAGAAGUGUUUUCACUGUUAGGAUGUUUUGGUUCAUGAAGUGUGUUUUGUUCACUCACCUUCGGUUGGAUUGUGUGUUGGAUUGUAUGUUGGAUUGUGUUGGUCCGUGUGCACUAACAUUCCAGUGCGUUUGGUGGCGGGUGUAACAUGACACGGUGUGUGUACGCUUUUGUACUCCUACAAAACACAUCCAGGAUGUGUCAGCCUAGAGAAAACCGUAAAAUGCUAUCAGACAAUGGGACAACUGUGUGCACUUCUCCGUACAGUACUGUUCGGCACUGUACAGUGAACUGCAUGGUAUGUAGUGUACAGUACAGCAUGACACUGUACAGUAAUGUUCCUGCACUCCCUGUACUGUACACCACUUUUCUCUUGUCUUCUCUCCUAGCCAUCUCCCCUCUGAUUGGUUAAUUGUGUUCACUACGACAACAGGACCAAUUUCACCAGGAAGGGGCUAACUGACGAAAGAGGGGAGGCAUCUUCCAUAACGGCUGUCAUAAGAGCGUCAUGAGGCUGUAUUCCACAUGCACAGUGUCACCCGAUAUUUGGCUUAAUUCAUGGCCUCCUACUGGCCUUCACCUGAUAUCCUAAUCAGUAUUCUAUGUAGACUUACGAUAGCCUUAUGGCAGCCUUAUGAUGCGUUGCGGUUUUGCCGGGCAUCGACAGUGUCUCAAAAACAACACAAUAUAAUACCUUCUCACCUGUUUCCAGUGUGGCCAAUCAGCUCAGCGUUCAAAGUUGUUGGUCGUAACCACGGCAACCAGGUUGAAUGCCUCAGUUUCCUGUUAGGUGUCAAAGGCCAGAGGUUAUACUUCUGUGAUGGCGUCCAUUUUGUGUCAUAGGAUUACAGUGAUUAUAUUGUCAUUUCUCCUGCUUGGUAUACAACAAGCAGUUACCUCAUGUUCACUAUUUAUAUACUCAGAUACCAAUAUGGGAUUUUCUGAAUUUAGUUUUAUCUACUUUUUUUGCUUUAAAUUUUUUCUAAUAUUUGUUGUUUUUGUCAUUUUUGUUUCCUUUAAAAAAAACACGACUGCAUCAUUUAAUAACAUGUUUGAUUUCUCAAUGUAUGAUAUCUGUAACCAAAAUCAUUUGAAGGCUUGAUAUUGCAAAUUUUUAACAAACAUUUGUACAUUUCUUAUGAGAGUUAUGACUAGUAAGGCGUUAGUAAAUAGUGCAAUGAGUUCUUAUUUUUAAUCCCCGACCCCCGUCUUGGAUUUCAAAGGGUGGUUCUAUAAUAAAUGUAUAAUGUCCUCUUCCAA